AUGACAGGACCUCCGGAGAAAAAGAAAAGAGAGAGUAUCGUUGAUCUGCAAAAGCAUAUCGAUAAGAAAGUUCGCGUUAAAUUUCAAGGUGGCCGAGAAGCUAUAGGCAUUCUGAAAGGUUAUGAUCCGUUAUUGAACUUGGUACUUGAUAAUGCUGUAGAAAAUUUACGUGAUUUCGAAGAUUUAUCACGAAUUAGUAACGAAACAAGACAAUUAGGAUUAGUGGUUUGUCGAGGCACUUCUGUAGUAGUGAUUAGCCCUAAUGACGGUAUCGAAGAGAUUGCCAAUCCAUUCGUCCAAGCAGAGUGA